UUCAUCUUUACUUGCUCUGUCACAUAAUUCAUUCAUGUACUUUUGAUAAAUAAACCGAUUUAUAUUCCCUAGGUUCUUACUUGUGUUAUUAUUAUUUAUUUUAAAGAUUAUUUAUGAAAAUAUAAUCAAUAAGAUACGAUUUAAAAACGCUAUCUUCAAUUAAUUCAACAAUGGAGAAUGUGUAUAACAAUCCUAUACGAAUGAGAAUCAAUAAAAUAUUUGAUAGCCACGUAAUAGCCGAUAAUAGCGAAGCUUUACAUACUAUUUCUGGAUUGUGCUCCUCAGAUUCUGCUUAUAUGAGAAGAACUCUGAUCAACGAAAUUGAGAAAAAAGACUUGUUGGUAAAUAAAGCUAUUUUGUCAGAAUACAGUAAGGUAAAAGACAAACUGAAUGUUUUAUUGGAAUCUUUACGAACCUUAGAUGUAGCUGUUAAAGAUAUGUCAAAUAGAUUAAAUGAGUCUAAAACAAAAACACAUCAUAUUAUUGCACAAACAACCAAACUCAAUGAAGAGAGAAAGAAAACAAAUAAGAAGCUUACCUGGGUUAAUGCCUUUGUUAAUAAUUUCCAAAUAUCACCAGAGCUCAAUCAGCAUCUAUACAAUACUUCAACUAUGUCAUUAAACUUCUUUAAUUCAUUGUCCCAAAUUGAGAAAUUGCAAGAUAAUUGUAAGACCCUUGUUCAGUGUUGGUAUCAAACCCCAGCAUUUGAUAUUUUAGAAUUAAUUGGACUUCAACAAGAAGCAGCUAUUGAGAGAUUAUAUCAUUGGACUAUUGGAGCAUGCCUUGUUGUUGAUUCUCCUAAUAAUGCCCUAAUUCCUAAAGCUUUGGCAAAAUUUGAAAAUAGACAAGUUUUGUUUGCCAAUAUAAUUGACGAAUAUUGCAAUGCAAGGAAGGGAGUGGUUGUGCAGUUAUUUAUUGAUGUGCUGACCAAGGGAGGUGAAAAUGGUUCACAUCCAAUUGAAUUUUAUGCAAAUGAUCCCAAGAGAUACAUUGGAGAUAUGUUGGCUUGGGUUUACCAAGUCAUACCAAUAGAAAAAGAAUAUUUGAUAACAUUAUUUAAAUUUUGUACAAUGUCAGAUAAGGAUGAAAAAAUCAUUGAUGGGCUUAUAAGGAUAAUGGAUUCUUUAUGCCCUCUGCUUAAGGUUAGAGCUGAACUUAUAUUAAAACCCGAUAAAGAUCCAUUAAUGCUAUGGUCUAUAAGUAACUUGAUAACAUUUUACAAGAAUACAAUACAAAAUAUAUUUGCAAAAGGACAUUUGAUUGAUACUUUUGAUGAGCUUUUGAGGAAAUGUGAAGAUAAUUUCCUCAUGACUCUAGAUAGUAAAGUGCAAAAAGAAUUAAGUCAUGGAGUGAAAGCACCACCCUUAGAUUUGAAUCCCUCCAUUGUUGUAACAGAUUUGGUUGGAUUCUUGAGAAGUUUAAUGAAUAUAUCUAACAAUUUAGACAACUCAGAUAAGAGAGUGAUAAUAACCCAUAUUUUAGACCCACUUUUGCAUGCUAUAAAUGAAACAGCUUGUCAUCUCAGUUCCACAGACAUGUCUGUGUAUAUGUUGAACUGUAUAUAUCACAUACAGUGCACAUUGUCUUUGUAUACUAUACUGGAUGAAUACAAUGAAAGAUUGCAAGCACAAUCUGAAGCCCAAAUUGAUACAUUAACAUCAGAGCAAGCUAGUUUUCUUGUAGCAAAUUUAAAUAUGGGACCGAUAUAUACAAUCUUACAAGAGAAAAUAAAUGGACCUCUCUCUGCUAUACCAGGCAUGGAUACAGCUUCACUGAAGGUGUUUCUUAAUAAAUUUGAUAUGUUUUUAGUAACUCCUGAUGUAUAUAUACUCCCACAAUUGAACUUAUUGCUUAGUCAUACGCAUAGAUCAUUGGUCAAGAAGAGAGCAUUUGAAGUUAUUUUUGCAAUUUAUGACCAAUUAUAUACUGCAAUUAAUGAUCCUAAUAAUGGUUAUGUAGAUCCACAAGUAAUAGUGCGUAGAUCACCUAGUGAAGUUAAGAAAUUGUUAAUGUAAAAUUAUUAAAAUUAUGAACAUAAUAAAUUAUGACGUGCAAUAA